GACCUAUGUCUCGCUGGGAAAUAUCUUGCUCGAUCGCGAGGAUUCAAAUGUAGUAGGGUUCCUCCCAGCGCUGGGCUAGGGUAUUGGAUGGAUUCCUCAUUCGUGCGCGGCGACGAUGCGCUGGACAGCGAGCAGCAGCAGCAUCAAGGCCGGGAUCCAGCUCCAGGCGACGAUCAAGAUCAAGAUCAAGACGAGGAGAAUGAAGACGACGAGGAGGAGCUCCAGAAGAAGGCCGCGCAGCAGGGAUGUGAUGCCGUGGUCGUGAGCGAAGAGGAUUCAGGUAUUCUAGACAGUAGCUUCUCCGGCAAGGAUCACAGAGGCGUCGAUCCGCUCACCAGGUUCGUUCUUCCGCUGCUGGACAAUGACGAGCUGGAUCGUCAGCACAAGCAGCACCACCACCACCAUCAAGACGAUCCUGGAAGCUGUGAGAAGCUGCGCGAUCAGGCGCUUGGAUUCCACAAGCAAGGAUCUGGAUUUCCAUACGUUGCUGCUCCAGCAAAUCCAGCUCUUGGUAGUGCUGCUACUGCUGGAAGUGGAGGAAGGGAUUGCAUGGAGGGUGAACGAGUCUAUCGGAAGGGGAUAUGGAUGCUGCCAGAGCUCUUGGCUCUCCAGACCGCGAGGAAAGCUGGGAUGGGAAAGUUUGGAUAUAGAACCAGGAACAACAAGUCGGAGAAAGAGCGAUGGCAAGACAUCGAGGACGUUUUGUGGCUGCAAGGCGUGCAAAGAAGUGCCGAUCAGUGCCGCUCGCGCUGGGAAUAUAUUUCCAGGGAAUUCAGGAGGAUCGUGGAGUAUGAAACGUCGGCUCCGAUGGGACAGUCGUAUUGGAGUCUCUCGCAGGCUGAUCGGAAGGACAAGGAUCUCCCUAUCAACUUUUAUGGGGACUUAUUCCACGCAAUGAACCAGUGGAUGGGAGCUGGAAAAGGAGCACCUAUGGAGGGAGCAGCCAAGGCAAUGGAAACUGGAAGUGCUACUAGCAAUGGUAAUGGCUCUCGAAAUUCAUGCUUGCAGCUGGAUAACCCCGGCAGCAAACCAGCGGGAAAGAAGAGAAAAGCUGCAUAUAAGCAGAACAAUAGGUCCUUGUGGCCGAGAGAAAUCCAGCUUCAACCAGAGGCAGGAACUCUCCUGCUAUGCAACUGCAGUAUCGUUCAUGUCGGUGCGUCUACAAAUAUUACCAACGGCGAUCACGUUCUCAUAAGGAACAAGAGAAUUGCUUAUGUUGGACCUUCUCUUGCUUACUACGCUUCGCAAUCUUUUUUGCAGGUUUUGGAUUUGGGAGGUCGGUUCCUGAUACCAGGUCUUUGUGACGCUCACGUCCAUGUCACGGCUAUAAGCGCGAACUUGCAUGAUAUGUCAAGUAUUCCGGCUUCUCUUAUCACUGCGAGGGCGACCAAGGUGUUGCAAAACAUGCUGAUGCGGGGUUUUACGACUGUGAGAGACGUUGGCGGCUGCGACUGGGGACUUGCAAAGGCAGUGGAAGAAGGAACAAUUCUUGGCCCGAGGAUCCUUUUUGGUGGCCAUGCGCUCUCACAAACAGGAGGUCACGGAGAUAUGCGACUGGCGGGAGAAGACGACAUUUGCUCGUGCUCGGGCUCCUUAGCCCUUGGUCGGGUAUGCGAUGGCGUCGCUGAAGCUCGUAAAGCUGCUCGAGAUGAACUUCGAAAAGGCGCUUAUCAUAUCAAAAUCAUGGCGUCUGGCGGUGUCUCUUCACCAACUGAUCAUCUUACUAGUUUGCAGUUUUCAGCUGAAGAAAUCUCUGCCAUUGUAGAAGAGGCUACGCAUUGCGGCAAGUACGUAUGCGCGCACGCCUACACCGCUGCAGCUGUAAAGAGAGCGCUAGAGCUUGGGGUCCGUAGCAUAGAGCAUGGAAACCUCGCUGACACGGAAUGCUUAGAUUUGAUGAAGGUGAAAGGUGCAUUUCUAGUACCAACUCUUGUGACAUACCAUCAAAUUCGUCGCCAGGGUGAAGCUUCCGGUAUGGCCCCGGAGCUUGUUGCAAAGGUAGGGGACUUGCUAGAGAGAGGACUAGACGUGGUGGCACUAGCAGACCAACGAGGUGUGAAUAUUUGUUUUGGGACGGACUUGCUUGGUUCGAUGCACGACCAUCAACUCGAGGAGUUUUCUCUACGAUCACGCGUGCAGUCUCCUAUAGCGAUUCUUAAGUCUGCGACAAGUACUUGUGCGCAGCUCUUCAACAUGGAUGGCCAGAUUGGCUGCGUGGCAGAGGGAGCUUACGCAGAUUUGCUGGUGCUAGACAAGAAUCCAAUAGCAGAUAUCGGUGUUCUAGCCGAUCCCAACAAUCUGGUUAUGAUCCUCAAGCAGGGAGAAACUGUGAAGCUGCCGAAGGGACUGGCGACCAAGAUGGUAGAUGGCAGACCGUGGACUCAAAUUACAAGCUGAGAGCUCGACCAAGUAAGCAAGUGUUUAUGAUGUUCUUACAGUGUGAAUCUGUAGAGGAUGACCUUUGAGGGAAUUUACUACUCUGAGAAGGUGUUAUGUAUCAUUCAUCUAAAGUUGACGGUACGAUUCUGCGUU